AACACAGAAGACUCUCCCAACAUGGCAACCUUCAACAUUAGUCGUUGGAAUGAAACUACAUCCCUCUACCAGGACCUUGGUUUUCAAGUGCAGAAGAUUUACCCUUUCCACGACAAUUGGAACACUGCCUGCUUUGUCAUUCUGGUCAUAUUUAUAUUUACUGUAGUAUGUCUCGUGGUGCUAGCUUUCUUAUAUGAGCUGCUUGACUGCUGUUGCUGUGUGAAAAAUAAAACUAUGAAAGACUUAGAGAAUGAACCCAACCCUGUUAGAUCUAUGAUGGACAGCUUCAGGAAACGUGAAAUGGAAGUGGUGUAGGGAUGGACUUGUUGCUAGCACUCGCAUCAAACCGUAUGUUCAACAUUAUAACGAAGCUGCUUGCAACUUAAGACCAAGCAAGUCAGAUCCUGUUUAGCCUUAAAUAUCAUUAUUAGUACCAUAUUUUGUUCC